AUGCGUUGGUGUAUCCUGUUCGCCCUUUUCAUAGGAUCAGUUUCCAGCGCAACGAUCGGUAAUCAACAGUAUUACUAUUCCCGCCAACCGGCACUGUUUCGUUUGCUGAUGAAAUAUCGAAUGUGGCCAGCGAAUCGAAGCAUCAAAUUUGAGAAACCCAACACACCGGCACCAUUCAUUUUCGGAGGAGAAAGUGCCUCUAUCGAUGAUUAUCCCUACCAGCUUUCGUUGCGCCACGAGGGAACGCACGUGUGCGGAGCAUCGAUCAUAGCCGAGUUCUGGGCGCUUACCGCGGCCCACUGUCUGGAUGCGGCACCAUUUACGAGUGGGAUCACGCUGCGUGGUGGAUCGCCGCACCGUUUGGCCGGAGGCUACGUGUUUGAAGUGGAUCAAUACUUUCUGCACCCGAAGUUUAAUAGAAAGGAAAUGGAUUACGAUGUUGCUUUGAUACGCGUGAAGCAAAGCUUUUUUAUUGACCGUUUGCGACCAGUCUCCCUAGCAGAUACUACUACAGUGUAUCCCAUUCCGUCAGCAGCAACCGUGAUCGGUUGGGGUACCGCGGAUGUUGAUGGGUACACACCGGUGAUACUACAAUCGCUGGUAGUGUACGUCCAAUCACGUGCGGUGUGUGAUGCUUCCUGGAUAGAUCAGCUUACGGACCGGUUAGUGGACCCACCAGUCCUGUGGUGUGACAAUGCUGUUUAUGAUGACGAUGCUCUUUCGUUGUAG